AUGAGAGAUUUUGCGUUUCGCUUGAACUUGAAAUAUGAAAUAAAAAAUGCAGAAGAAUCUAUAAAAGCCCGGAAAGAAGGAAAUGAUUUGUACGUCAAGAAAAAGCACACAGACGAAGACCAUAAGAUGAUUCUGUAUUUGUAUAACAGGAGCAUAGCUUACGCUCCUAAUGAAUCUGAAGAGUUAAUGUAUGCUUAUAGUAAUAGAGCAUAUUUAUUAAUGCAUGUCAAAAAAUAUAAUGAGGCUAUUGAUAGUAUAAAUAAAGCCUUGCCAUUGGCCGAUUCAACCAAGAUGAAAUUGAAACUACAUUGCCAAAAAGUGAAAUGUCUUGUGGCUCUUGACUCUUCGAUGAAAGAUAAUGUAAUGAAAGAAAUUGAUGAAAUGUUUCAGAAUUCUAAAUUAUCCAUAGAGGAUACAAUUCUCGUAUCAAAUAUCAUUAAGAAAACAAAAUCUGCAGUUGCAUCGAUGAAGCAGUACGAACCUAGUAAUCAAAAGUUCUUAAAGCAAAAAAAGCAAGGACUAUAUGCCAAAACUGAUUUUAAAGCAGGAGAUUUAGUGUUAGUUGAAAAACCUUGCCUUAUUAUGCCACAUUUUUUCAAUCAAUAUAUAUUCUGCUCUCACUGUUUAGCAGUUGCAUGGACUGGAAUCCCAUGCGAAACAUGUCAUGAUUAUAUAUUUUGUUCAUUAAAAUGUAAAAACACAGCCAGGGAAGAAUAUCAUCGCAUUGAAUGCUCAAUCACACCGUAUCUUAUUCUAUGUGACCCAGACAUUACCAUAUGGAAUCACAUGAGUCUAAAAUUUAUAAUGUCAUUAAUGAACGAAUAUGGAACAAUUGGAAAGCUGAAGUCCAAACUAAGAUUUUCCAAAAAUCAUAACGAUGUGCAUUACGAUGAUUUUUCAAAGAUUGAAGAUGUUAUUUUUAUUGGAUCUUUACUUUUAAGAUUGACAAAAAUUAGUGCUGUUAAUGGUCAUGAGAUAUCGGAUAUAAUUGAAAUAAGUAGUGCUCAACUUCAUAAUCUCUUAACUGGAAAAAGCAUUAGAACUAGAGGAUUUUGUAUGGGACUUAUCAGCAGUGUUAUCAAUCACAGUUGUGCACCGAAUAUUAAACUAUGUUUUUCAGAUAAUAUGAAGUAUGUUUAUUAUGCCUUGGAACCAAUUGCUAGGGGAACUCAGCUUUUAGAUUCAUACUUCAACCCCUUUUAUGAAUCUGCAUCAAUGGAAAGAAAAGAAAAAAUAGAAAAUUUUGUGUGCCAAUGCAUUGCUUGUAAAGAAGAUUGGCCUGCAGUUUUAUUACCACAUGUACAGAAAGAGUUCAUUACUUAUAAAAUGAAAUUUGAGCCAAUAAUACAUUUUACCGAAGUAGGUUUCAUAAAAAAAAUCUGUUCAUUAGCGGAUAGAAUUGAAGAAUGGAGAAAAUAUAAAAUUGAUAAAAAUUUAAUUCAAACUGUUGUUAAAACGAUGAACAGAGCAGCUAAUAUGCUACCACAACCUAGUUUAGCAAGAUGUAUGUUAAUUCAAAUUCUAUCAAGGAUUUAUGAACAUCUCUACGGUCUUACUGUGCCUUUUGAAAACUUUUGUUCAUCGUAA